ACAAAUAUCGAAUCUAUGGUAAAUGUCAAUAUUAAAGUUUAGUUCAAGUAAUAUUUGUUGAGUAAUUUAUUGGAGUGAUUUAAUGUAGAAUAAAUUUAAUUCGUAUCAUUGAGAAAUUGUGGUUAUAUUACUUUGAUCGUCAAAUUUGGAAGUUUAUAUAAUUUUGAUAGUUCUUUAUAAAUUGAAUAAAAAUGCCUAAGCGAUGUUAUCCUUACGAGGAGACCAAUUUACUUCCCCAAUUAAAAAUACACGUAGGACAAAAACAAAUAGAUACUGGAAUUGAUGAAGAAAGACGAAUGAAAGAAGUUUAUGAUAAAACCUUGAAUUUACUCAAAAAAGGCGCUAAAAAAUAUUCACAAGAUAUGAAUAAUGAUCAAAUGGAUUUAACCGAAUUACCAUCAGCAUUGUUAACUUCUCAGAAAUUAAUAAAGCCCCAGCGCACUCUCAAACAAAUGGUUUUAAAUAAUAAAUUACAAUUAGAAAAUAAUAAUAAUGUUAAACUUGAUAAAAAAGUAGACGUUUGUAGAUGUUUCCAAGUAAUAGAUCCAAGCUUAUCAAAUAAAUGUUUUUACUGCCAAGAGUUGUUAUGUUCCUCUUGUUUAAAUAAUUGUAUGAAAUGCAAUGAUCUAUUCUGCGAUAAUUGUUCCUUACCCAAAUACGAUAUGGGAUCAAAUAUUGUGUGCCUUGAUUGUUUAAUUGAAUAAUUGAUCAAAUAUUGAAUAUUAAUUUGCUAUUAUUUUUUAUAUUGU